AUCGACAGCCUCCGCCGCACGUUCACACACACAGCAAGCAGAAUCCAGCUAGCUCAGCUCUCACUCGCUCGCUCACUCCAGUGUCCAGUCUCCCUUCACUUCAGGACGUCCUCGAUUCGCCGCCGUCUGUCAACCGAGAUGGACGCGCUGUGGAAUGGUUCGUCGUGCGAUUGGCCGGCGCCGACGGUGAUCAUCAGCGACGACGACGCGGCGGCAGCGGAGCUGCGGCGGGGGCCGUGGACAGUGGACGAGGACGCGCUCCUGGCGGCCCACGUGGCCGCGCACGGCGAGGGGCGGUGGAACGAGCUGGCGCGCGACGCGGGGCUACGGCGCACCGGCAAGAGCUGCCGCCUCCGCUGGCUCAACUACCUCCGCCCCGGCGUGCGCCGCGGGGGCUUCACCCCGCGGGAGCAGCUGCUCAUCCUCGACCUCCACUCGCGCUGGGGCAACCGCUGGUCCAAGAUCGCGGCGCACCUGCCGGGCCGCACGGACAACGAGGUCAAGAACUACUGGAGGACGCGGGUGCAGAAGCACGCCAAGCAGCUGCACUGCGACGUCGGCAGCCGCAGGUUCCACGACGCCAUGAGGAACCUCUGGAUGCCGCGCCUGAUCGAGAGGAUCCACGCCGACGACUCAGCCGCCGUCGCCGCUAAUGCCACCGGCGACGUCUCCCACUUCUACUCCGCGAGCCCAUCGCAUGAGCUGUCGUCGUCCUCCCAGCCGGCGCCGGCGUACCGAAACGCUGCGCCCAACGGCAGCUGCGCGCGUGCGCCGUCCCCGGACGCCUCCUGCGUCACCGGGCCGUCGUCGUGGUCACGGGAGGCGUCGCCCGCGUCGCAGUUCCAAUCGAGCGGCUCGACCAUUGCCGGACCGUCUACUUCCACCGAGCUGUGCCAGAACGGAUGCUCCAGCGCGACGAGCGUUGACAUGUUCGACGAGAGCUGGUCGGAGCUUCUUGCGCGCGCCAACCAUGACGACACGGAUUUCGGAUUGGGAGAAACUGGAGACAACUGGUGGGGUCUGGAGGAUAUCUGGGAACAACCGCUUUAAACUGAUCGCUCCCUACUUUUGUACUACUACAUACUACGUAUGCUGCCCGAGACGAAAUGACAGAAUUGUUGUUUCUAGUGUUAUUG